GCAGUCGGUGCACAGCAGCUGUCGUAUAGGGUCGUACUCGGCACUGCCCCGUCCCUCGAAGGAAAUAAAAAGUCCUUGGAAAAAAUAAAAAUGAGCAAAAACACGAAGCUUUUGGAAAGCGUGAGUAAAUACUUCACCGAAGAGACUCUUCGCGAGAUCGUGGCAAACGCGUACGGGGUGGAGAAAAACACCGAAAACAUCAAAGUGUCGUCGUGGGAUUUCGGCCACGCCAGCAAACGGGGCGACAGUUACCUGUCCACGGUCGACAGGAUCGCCAUCCGGAGCAAAGUGAAUGGUGCUGCGAAGGAGUUGAAAGUAGUGGUAAAGUCCUUGCCGAACAACAUCGGCAGGCGAAAAACCUAUCGGAGCGCCGAUUUUUUUCGCAACGAGAUCGUCUUUUACUCCGAGAUAGCUCCAAAGUUCCAAGAGUUUUUAAAAUCCAAGGAGCAGUCCUCGCUGCUCCUCCUGCCGAGUUGCCUGGCCUUCCAUCUCGACGGGGAUAACGACUUUAUCGUCCUGGAGGACAUGUGCCCCCGAGGCUUUGGUCCAGCGGCUCGGCAGAACUGCCUCACCUUCGACGAGUGCACCUGCAUCCUCGAAGCCAUGGCUCGCUUCCACGGCGUAUCCUUCGCCUACCGGGACCAGCACCGGGAGGACUUUGAGAGGAUCGCCUCGAGACUUACCGAGACGUACUUUACCGAGCACCUCUACGAGACUUGGUACGAGAGAUUCUUCAUCAAAGUGACCGACAUCGCCAAAGACGCCCUGGCCAAGGAGUACCCCGACAGCGAGGCUCAGCGGAGGUUCGGCUCGUACGGGGUGGCUGAGCUGUACAAAAAGUGCGUGGACUUUUGCUCGCGCACCACCAGCCCGACCUCGGUCGUCAACCAGGGCGACUCGUGGGCGCCGAAUUUCCUCACUCGCACCUGCAACCCCGAGGGCUACAUGGAGGUCCUCAUGCUCGACUUUCAAUUGGCGAGGUGCUGCAGUCCCGUGCUCGACGUCUCGUUUCUCGUCUACUCGUGCACCGAUCAGAAGCUCAGGGACGCCCGGUUCGACGACCUGUUGAGAAACUACCACAGAGAGCUCGCCCGGGCCAUCGAGGCUCUGGGCUCCGACCCCGGGAAAAUUUACCCGUGGGAGUCGUUCGCUCGAGAGGUCGACGAGCAGUUUGUGCACGGGAUGGUCUUUGGGUUGGAGUCCGUGACGUUCAGCACCCUGUCGGACGAGGAGUCCUUCGACCUGGACAUCAUCAAGGAGGACAGGGUGGACAUCGCUGACGUGUGGACGGUGAAAAAUAAGGAGACGGCCGAAAGUAGGCGUCGGCUGGCAGAUAUCAUUGUGCACGCCACGGAUCGGGGUUUUUUGUGAAAACAGUAUGAAUCGACGGUGUGUGGAAAAAAAUGAGGUAACCGUCAAAAGGUCAUUGAUCAUCCGCCGAGGGGCUUUAGCAACGUGUUGGAUUAAUUACUCCGAGCUGUUGCCGUUUACGGAGGGCUUGGAAAGGGAAGGUGGCAAGAACCAGGUCAGACGGGGGGGUCGCAAUAUUCAGAUCCUCCCGUCUUCUUCCUCCCUCCUUCGCUCGGGGAGCCGAGAGAAAGGCCAUUACACCAGUGCGGGGCCAUUGCUGUUUCUCAGUUUCGAGAAUAUGUGGCUUAUUACUGCUGAAAUAUGCGCUCGAGUGUUUCUUUAAUUUUAUUUUUCAUUUCAGCUGAAUUACGCUCUAGAUAAUUUUUAAUUGUGAUUUAUACGCA